AUGGCGGAUCUGACUUGUACGACGCCGUUUCUUCUAUAUCCAUCACUCGUGAUCAUCCUCUUCUUCUACUCCAUUAACCACCAUAACCGAUUUAUCUCCACCGUAGUCGACGAUGAUCCUUCUUGUACUCCUCUCUCUUCCUCACAAGCUGUUUUCUCUUCCUUUAGAUUAUUCCCUUUUGGUUCUUCUUCUUCAAAUUCCUCCUCUUGUCUCACCACUCUCAACAACAACAAUUCUACAUCAGAAGUUGUGGUGGUGGAAGGAGAAGUUGAUGAAGCGGCAGAGAGAAUCGAAGAAGGUUUAGCGAUGGCUAGAGCCGCCAUAAGGAAAGCCGGGGAAGAGUAUAUCCGUCGGAGGAGGAAUGAUUCCGAUUUGGGAAUCGUAUCAAGUGGAUCUGUCUAUCUCAACGCUUUUACUUUUCAUCAGAGCCACAGAGAAAUGGAGAAGAGAUUCAAGAUUUGGACAUAUAGAGAAGGAGAAGCUCCUCUGUUUCACAAAGGUCCACUCAACAACAUUUACGCCAUUGAAGGACAAUUCAUGGACGAGAUAGAGAACGGAAAAAGCCGUUUCGUGGCUGCUUCACCGGAGGAAGCCACCGUGUUCUACAUUCCCGUAGGGAUUGUCAAUAUCAUACGCUUUGUCUAUAGACCUUACACUAGCUAUGCCCGCGACCGACUCCAAAACAUUGUCAAAGAUUACAUCUCUCUCGUCUCUAACCGUUACCCUUACUGGAAUCGCAGUCACGGUGCUGACCAUUUCUUCCUCUCCUGUCACGAUUGGGCACCUGAUGUGUCAGCGGUGGAUCCGGAACUAUACAAGUAUUUCAUCAGAGCUCUUUGCAAUGCCAAUGCCUCGGAGGGAUUCACACCAAUGAGAGACGUCUCAUUGCCUGAAAUCAACAUUCAAUUCGCCCAAUUAGGGUCAGUACACACCGGAGAACCGCCUCAAAACCGCAAAAUCUUAGCAUUCUUCGCGGGCGGUUCUCAUGGAGAAGUACGGAAAAUACUUUUCGAACACUGGAAAGAAAAAGACAAAGACGUCCUUGUCUACGAGUAUCUCCCCAAAACCAUGAACUACACAAAAAUGAUGGAUCAGGCAAAGUUUUGUCUAUGUCCGAGCGGUUGGGAAGUAGCUAGUCCAAGAAUCGUGGAGUCUCUUUACUCCGGUUGCGUUCCGAUCAUCAUCGCAGAUGGUUACGUUCUUCCAUUCAGCGACGUGUUGAAUUGGAAGACUUUCUCGGUUCAUAUUCCGAUAUCGAAGAUUCCGGAGAUAAAGAAGAUUCUAGAAGCGGUACCUGAAGAAGAGUACUUGAAGAUGCAGAAGAGUGUUCUUGAGGUUCGAAAACACUUUGUCAUAAACAGACCAUCGAAGCCAUACGAUAUGUUGCAUAUGAUUAUGCAUUCUAUUUGGUUACGGAGGCUUAAUGUUCGAAUCCCUCUUUCACAGUGA